AUGUCGGGUUGUGGAAGUUCUGACAAGGAUCAGUAUGGAAAUGAAGUGCAGAAACUUGCACGACCAUUGCCCGUUGAAUAUUUGCUUGUUGAUCUACCAACAUCGUCACCGCUGGUCCCACUCUACACAUUCCCAGCUCACGAAUAUCCUUUCCCUGUUGAGAAUCGUCUGAUUGAUGGACAUCUUCAAGAUUUCGGUUCGUUGCAUAAUUACAUGCAACGUUUUAGAUCAAAAGAUUUCUUGACGGCGAUGUCAGAUUUUCAUCUUCUCUUCUAUCUUUACGGUUUGGAUUGCUUUGGAACCAAAAUGAAGACACAAAUGACAUCGCUUUUAGAUGCCGUCCGAACGCAAGAUAACAAAUUGGCAGAGCAGUUCAUGUUAGGUGACACUUGGAGUACUUUGGAGCACUUAAUUGGCGCUCACAGUGGCCAUGGUCACGAUAAUCAUUUGCCAUCGUCAGCUGUUGGCAAUGAUGCGACCUGGACAUGUAAUCACUGCACGUACAUCAAUAGCGGUGAUACGCAAGCUUGCGAAAUGUGUAGUUUGCCUCAUUGAAAAACAUUUUAUGUUUGAGAACUUCACUGAAAGUUAGCAAAAAGGAAGCAAAAAAAUUAUUUAAAAUUAUAUCAACGUAAAGAAAAUUUUCUGGAAAAAAAUGAAAACUUUUAAAUGAAAUCCAAAAACUGUAAGAGAAAAAAAAGAUGAAUAAAAAUAUGGAAGAAUCAUAGAAA